UCCGAGUCCAACCCAAGCACAGCUGAGCCCAACCCGAGUUUUGCCGAGCCGGACCGAGCCCUUGACGAACUGAGCUGAGCUCAGCUCAGCCGAGCUCAGCUCAGCCCCUGCCGAGCCCCGCCAAGCCCCACCAAGCCUCUCCGGCCCAGCCGAUCCCCCGGCCGUUCUGUCCCGAGAGCUCUGCCGCGGCCCGGCGGGGCAGUGCCGGGGGUCGAGGGGCCGGGGUCGCGGCCGUGCCGGGCAGCCCCGCUCCCCGCGCCCGGAGCCUGCACUGCCGCGCGGUGCCGCCGGGCGGAGCCCGUGGGCGCGGCGGCGCCGGGUGGAGCGGGCCGGGCCGGGCCGGGCCGGGCGGGGGGCGCGGGCUGGGCCGGAGCUGAGCAGAGCAGCGGGGACCGGGACCUGCUCCCCGCCCGCAGCAGUGGGGUUGGGGGCCCGCAGCCCCGCGCUGCCGCUCUCCUUUUCCAGCGGGAGCGGAGAUGCUGCUGGCCCGCAGCCGCCUGGCGCUGCUGCUCCUCGGGGCGCUCCUCACCUUCCUCCUGUACCUCCUCCUCCCAGCCGCCCGGCACGGGCAGCGCUCCCGGCCUGACGAGGGGAAGAGGGGCCGGCGGGCGGCCAACGGCACGGCGAGGACGGGGAUGGCUGCGGGAGAGCCCCCCGUCUUCUACAGGGAGGUUCCCGCAGGAACUGCCGGCCCCGGGAGGCCUGAUGUCCUGUUCCUGCACGGCCAGGUGUUCACCUCCAAGACGUGGGAGGCCUUGGGCACGCUGGCGCUGCUCGCUGGAGAAGGGUACCGUGCAGUCGCAAUAGAUCUGCCCGGCUACGGGGAUUCGCCCCCAGUGGAGAUGGUAGUGACAGCACAGGGCAGAGUGGCUUUCCUGGACCAUGUUCUCCAGGAGCUGGGCAUGCGGAGGCCCGUUCUUGUGAGCCCCUCCAUGAGUGGCCGCUUUUCCCUGCCCUUCCUGCUGGAGCAUGGGGACUGGCUGUCCGGCUUCGUGCCCAUUGCGCCCGUGGGCACCAAGGACUACACUGCUGAGCAGUACCGGCGGGUCCAGACGCCCACCCUGAUCCUGUACGGUGACCGCGACACAGGCCUGGCUCCCCAGGCCCUGCAGAACCUCCAGCACCUCCCUGAGCACCAUGUAGUCAUCCUGCCUGGUGCUGGCCAUGCCUGCUACCUGGACAAGCCUGAGGAUUUCCACUGGGCUCUGCUGGGCUUCCUGCGCCAGCUGAAGUGAGCACCACCUCCUCCCUGCCGAGCAGAGGACAGGGGCUGGGGCAUCCGAGGGACUGGGAGGCACACACAGCUGGUGUGAGGGGUGCUGCUCCCUGUUGGGGUGUCCCCAGGGUGGCAGGGGUGGGGACUCGAGAUGUCCCUCGCUGGCAGGACAGAGUGUCGCCUGUCACGAGGCCAAUAAACUGAUGCUGCUCUGUU